AUGGCCGACAGCAGUUUCGACGCUAUCAUCAUUGGUGCUGGCAUUUCCGGCAUCGACGCCGCAUUCCGUCUUCAGGAAGGUCUACCUGACUUCAAAUAUGCCAUUCUUGAGGGCCGGUCAGAAAUCGGUGGCACAUGGAGCCUGUUCAAAUAUCCUGGCAUCAGAUCCGACUCCGAUCUUCACACCUUCGGUUUCCCCUGGGACCCUUGGAGGGAAGACCGUGCCAUUGCCAGUGCUGAAUCCAUCCUGAGCUAUGUCAAGGGCUGCGCCCGUCGCCACGGAAUCGACCAGCACAUCAAGUAUCACCAUCAAGUUCAGGCGCUGGAUUGGUCGUCUGAAAAUCAACACUGGAAGCUUAGCGUCCUCGUCAACGGGAAAGAAAAGCUUUACUAUGCUCGUCAUAUCCUCAUGGGCACCGGCUAUUACGACUACAAGCGCGGCCUCAACUCGCAGAUUACUGGUCUCGAAGAUUUCAAAGGCCAAGUCCUUCAUCCUCAGUUCUGGCCUGAGGACUUGGAUUAUACUGACAAGAAGGUCGUCAUCAUCGGGAGCGGCGCCACUGCUGUGACUCUGGUUCCUGCCAUGAGCGAACAAGCCAAAUCCGUCACCAUGCUUCAACGAUCUCCAAGCUAUUUCCUGCCCAUUCCUCUCGUCGAACCUGUUGAUCAAGCCAUCAAAAGAUGGCUUCCUGAGUGGCUGGCCUACAGACUGAUCCGAUGGAGAUUCAUCGUCGUGGGCUUCCUUUUCUUCAACUUCUGCCGCUUGUUUCCAAAGCAGGGUGUGGCCAUGCUUCGCAAAGCCACGGAAGCGGAAUUGCCCAAAAACAUCCCUUAUGAUCCUCAUUUUGUACCCAGUUAUCUCCCCUGGGAACAGAGGAUGUGCAUUACUCCUGGAGGCGAUUUCUUCGCCGCGCUUCGCAGUGGAAAAGCCGACGUAGUCACCGAUGUUAUAGAGACCGUCACGGCCAAGGGCAUCAAUCUAAAAUCAGGAGCUCAGCUGGACGCCGACAUCAUCGUGACCGCCACGGGCCUAAAGGUUCAAAUCGGAGGUGGUAUGAAGUUGUUUGUAGAUGGCAAGCCGCAGGAGAUGGGCGACAAAUUCAUUUGGCGUGGUGCUCUCUUACAGGAUGUUCCCAACCUGGCUUUUGUCUUCGGGUAUACCAAUGCCAGCUGGACCUUGGGCGCCGACGCCACUGCUCAACUAUGGGUCAGGCUAUUGAAGACAGCAAAGGCCAAGAAGCAGAGCAGCUUCGUUCCCCGCGUGGGUGACAAAGAAGGCGUGCUUCCAAAGCCCUUGUUGAACCUCAACAGUUCUUACAUCAAGGCUGCGGUCGAAGCAGGAGGCUUGCCAAAGGGCGGUGAUCGAGGCCCGUGGGUCCCUAGAAGUGUCUGGAUCAAGGACAUCUGGCAUGCCAAAUACGGUGACAUUACAACGGGACUACAGUUUAACCGGAUUUCAACCUGA